AUGGCAUAUUAUAUUAAGGAAAACGGACCGAUCAAUGCGCUAGAAAACCUUCAGGAAAUUGGGCGAAUUCAGACCGAGGAUAGGCGCCCGAAGGUGAUUCCCCUUGUUGAACCGUGCGAGCUUCUUCGCAAGAACCCGCAUCCUAACAUUGCAACCUUUACGGCUGUCAAAAGACCAACGGACGAGUUUCUGGGCUAUGCUUCAAACGAUAUAACUCCACAUUACUGGGAGCUGGUCGCUUUCUUUUCAACUGUGCGCAAGCUCGUAAAAGAAAACAUGAACCUCAGUGAAAUUCUGGCCGCUAUCAAACAUCUUCAUAAGCUUGGCGUUGUCCAUAACGAUAUAAAUUCCGGACUAUCAUGCUUCAAGAGGACUUUUCGUUCGUUCUUGUUGAUUUUGAGAGCUGUCAAUAUAUUGGGGAGUCAUUGCGAGUCACCGAAACGAAAGUUACCCAUCAGUGGCAAGGAUCCUUCUGUCGAGAUCUCGGUCGAGAAAACGGACCUUGAUGCUUUCAAAUAUUUACAAAUCUGGCUAGAUGGAUCGAUGAAUGAAGAUUUCUUUUUUGAAUGA